AUUAAGCACAUAACAGUUUUCAGCCCACUCAUCUCUGCUUCCCAGCUGCUACAAAACCCCCGUGAAGUGAAGGUUCCCGCCAAGGAGUGUGCAGUCUGGCUGUCUAAGACAAGAAAGAGCUUUCGCUGCUUGGAGUAUUUUCAAGGCGAGCAUGCUGCGCCUCGGGCUGCUCGUCGUGGCGCUGCUCGGGCUGCGCGGCGGCGCGGCUCUGGGGGAAGGCGAAGGCGGCGUGGCCCCGGCGGGAGGCAAAGGGACGGCGGCUCCCCUCAACACCUCCCUGGACGGCGGCCCCGCUCUCCCGCCGCCGCCGCCUCCGUGCACGAGCAGGACGGCCGUGGCCAAGACCUUCAAGUACAUCAACACGGUGGUGGCCUGCCUGGUCUUCGUGCUGGGCAUCAUCGGCAACUCCACGCUGCUCCGCAUCAUCUACAAGAACAAGUGCAUGAGGAACGGGCCCAACAUCCUCAUCGCCAGCCUGGCCCUGGGAGACCUGCUCCUCAUCGUCAUCGACAUCCCCAUCAACCUCUACAAGCUUCAUGCAGAAAACUGGCCUUUUGGAGUUGAAAUAUGUAAAUUGUUCCCGUUUAUUCAAAAGACAUCAGUGGGCAUCACCGUCUUAAGUUUAUGUGCUCUCAGUAUUGACAGAUAUCGAGCAGUAGCUUCAUGGAGCCGGAUCAAGGGAAUUGGUGUGCCAAAAUGGACAGCAGUUGAAAUUGUCUUGAUCUGGGUUGUGUCCCUUGUUUUAGCUAUUCCUGAAGCCAUCGGCUUUGAUAUGAUUACUAUGGAUUACAAGGGAGAGAAACUUAGGGUUUGCCUACUUAAUCCUCGGCAAGAAUCUUCUUUCAUGCAGAGUUACAAGGAAGCUAAAGAUUGGUGGCUUUUCAGUUUUUAUUUCUGCUUGCCAUUGGCAAUCACAGCACUUUUCUAUACACUGAUGACCUGCGAGAUGUUGAGAAAGAAAAGUGGGAUGCAGAUCGCUUUAAAUGACCAUUUGAAACAGAGACGUGAAGUGGCAAAAACAGUCUUCUGCUUAGUGCUAGUUUUUGCCUUAUGUUGGCUACCUCUUCAUCUCAGCAGAAUACUCAAGUUCACUCUUUAUAAUGAGAAUGACCCAAACAGAUGUGAACUUUUGAGCUUUUUACUGGUGUUAAACUACAUUGGCAUCAAUAUGGCAUCUCUGAAUUCCUGCAUUAAUCCCAUUGCUCUGUACUUAGUGAGCAAAAGAUUCAAGAACUGCUUUAAGUCAUGCCUCUGUUGCUGGUGCCAGUCCAAAGAUAUGCUCUCCCUGGAAGAAAAACAGUCCUGCUUAAAAUUCAGAGCCAAUGAUCACGGAUAUGACAAUUUCCGCUCCAGCAACAAAUACAGUUCAUCUUAAAGAAGCAACCGUGCUCUCAGUGUUAUUUUUGUCAGUGGAUGGAUGACAAAGGACUAUUAUAAAGACAUCAAAUUUUGGCAGGGUGGGGAAGGAUUGGGGGUUGCAUAAUAUUCAAAUCACUUCCAGUCUCUAUCCAAGGAUCACAACUAUUUUACACAAAAAUAUUCCUGCAAGAGGCAGACAAAUCCUUGUCAAAGCACUUAAACUCUUCAGAAUGAGCACUUCCAGAUCAUCUCCAGGGCUUGUAAAUGAAAUAGCUGUGUAUGACCCUGGAGGCCUGAGUAAUAAUUCUCACUAUAUACAGUAUAAUGUGACUAUUGUUGGGAGAAAGCCAGGUUAGUCUAUAAAUCAAUGUAAUCUUUUUCUUUUCUUUUCUUUUUUUUUGGGGGGUGGGAGUCACAGAAGAGUCUGUCAGUCUAACCUAUAAUCCCACCUCAGAUGUGAAGUGUCUAUAUUGUAAUACAGCAGGCAUGGCGCUUCAUGUCACAGAUAAGGAACAAUCAAUAAUUUUAUCUCUGUAGAUCGAAAGAGAAUAAAAGAGCCCAGUUAAACAAAACAAAAAAAACAAGUAAUUCUUAGGUAAGAAAAUAUAAACCUGCAAUUUGGGAUAGAACAACACAGGAUAGCAACAGAUCUUUGCAAAUCUUGGCAGAGUUACUUAUUUUGUGUGCAGUUUCCAGGAAAUUUUCCCUAAUUUGUAUCAGACUCAAAUUUUAUCUCCUCAUUCUCCUUCCCCAAGUAUGGCAUUUUCUUCUCAUCCCCAACUUUUAAAAAAUAGUAAAUAGCCCUGGUAAAUUGCCUCCCAUUUUUUAGACCUGCCUAUAAUAUAAUUAAGAGCAUCCCUAUUCUCAUAUAUAUAUUUCUUGGUAUAGCAAGAAGUUACUAAUACUGUCCUAUGGCAGAAAAAAAAUCACUUCUUUUCACAGAGCUCUAGCUAUCAUAGAUAACCUUUGUAGCUGCAGAUAUGAAAGAGUGGAGGAUCUCAACCUUCACCUUUAUGGAGCCUUCAAAGGAGACUUUAGUUCUGCUUUUGUAAAUAUUCUGGUUGAGACAUAACUAAGCCUGGAUUAGUAAGUAAUAAAAUACGGGCUGGUCCCAGUGUUAUUGUCUGUAUGAGAGAGAGAGAAUGUGUUUAUAAUACACGUGAAAUGAACUGCCAGGAGCAUUUGCAUUUUGUGUAUGCAUCACAGAGUACUAUUUCAAAAAUAAUACUAUUAGUUAACACAGGUUGAAGUUUAUUGCCAGUAUUAAUAAGAGAGCCAACAUAGUGCAUUACUGCGAGCGUUCGAUUAUGGUUGGAUCUACACUGCUAUAUAAUCCAGUUCAGUGCAGUUAAUCUGCAUUCUGAAACUGCAUUAUAUGACAUUGUAGGUUUAGCCUAUGAGUGACAGAUAAGAGUUUCAAUCCCUGCUCUACUGUGGAAACCUAUUGGUUGACUUUGGACUGGUCACUAUAUCUUUGCCUAAGAAGAAGGUAAUAGUAAGUCUUCUCUGAAUAAAUCAUGCCAAGAAAACCUUAUAAUUGGGUUGUCAUCAGUCCAAAAGUUUCAUCAGUUCAAUAGUUUCACUCUGAGGCAGAGUGUGCUGCCUCAGAGCAUCAUGAAGUCUCCUUCUCGAGAGGUUUUUAAACAGGCUGGAUGGCCAUCUGUCGGAGGUGCUUUGAUUCUGUGCUCUUGGAUGUCAGGGGAUUGGAUGGCCCUCGUGGUUUCCUCCAACUCUUUGAUUCCAUGAUAGCACCUUUAUUCUGAGACAUACUGUGGCUGAUGUGAAUGAAAUGCCUAUAUAACCAAAAUGCUAUAUAGAAGGAACAGCCAAAGAGAGCUCUGGGGCUAAAUGUGCCUCCCGAAGCCAUUUUUGCUAAUCCUACCCACUAUCACCACUACUGUCACACACUUUCCUGUGCUGGCAAAAGGUGAAUGUUCUCUCUUGGAACAAUUCCGGAACAGGGAUUCAGCCCAGAGAAUGGCAAUGGCAGGCCUCUUCUGAAUGAAUCAUGCCAAGUAAACCCUCUGAUAGGAUCACCUUAUGGUCGCUAUAGGUCAGGAAUGACUUGAAAGCAUAACACCCCAUCAGCAACAGCAAAAUAAAAAGCUUGACUAAGAUGCAUGUGUUGAUGCCAGUGAGACUUCCAGCAUCUUAAAAUAAGCCAAGAGCCAGGAUUCUGUUGAAUGUCCUCGCUAUCACUGCUAUGGGUGGUAACAUUUAUGUACUGUAUGUAUAUGAUAUACUAGUAAUUCAGUUUUAAUGUGCAGUUUUCAUAGUUUUGAUGUAUUGUAUGGGUUUGGGGGAGUUUGAUGAACUUAUUGUGAUGUAUAUUGUUUUGUUAUUGUUAUGUAGAGCAGAAAUGGGCAACUGUAGGAGGUCAGAAGGUUGCAGAUGUCCCACAGGACACAUUGCAGGGCAACACUUCUCUCAUUCCCUCCAAAAUUCAAAAUUGGUUUUGUGGGGCCUGGGACAUCAUAAAUUCAGGAGGGGCUUUUUUGUCUCACAUUCUUGUCCUACAUAUUAUUUCAUGGAAAUCACCCUGUUUAGAUCCUAGCAUGUGACAAACCCAGUGCAUGGGCUAUGUGUGUUGAACAAGUUGCCUUCUUUUUUGGAAUUUGAUCACAUAUAUUGUGCCUUAGCCUCAUAUAUAACUAUGGACACAAUGAGUAUAUAUACACUGCCUACUUUUUUAAAACCAUAGUGCCUACGAAAUAUAUAAUUAUCAGUUU